GAAAGUUCUUAAUAGUGUCGUUGUAAGUGGAUUAUUGUUCAGUUUUCGGUCGGUUCAGAAUUUGUUUUUUGGCAACUGCAAAGAAUACUGUGGUUUAGUACUACCAGCAUAGUAACAUUAACUUACAUAAGAAGCCGUGCUGCAGGAAUGGGCUACUACAAAACGAUCAAAACUAUUUCUGUAUUGUGUUUUUCGUUUGUAACUAUUACAUUAAGCAUUUUCACAAAUGACGAACUAAAAGUUAAGUUCAGAAUUUCGAGUAUGAAAUUUUGUUUAAAAUCUGACGAUAUUUUGACGACGUUGACACAGGUUUCGCUAUCGCAGUGUGUAGAUGAAUGUGCAACAAGAACAGAUUGUAAGGCUAUUAACUAUUUCAACCGACUUCACACAUGUGAGCUUAUCCCGGACGAUGAUGAGGAGCUAUUUGAAAAUGCCAGGAGAAAUCGUGCAUGUGUUUUCGUAAAAAAGACUGACAUGGAUGUAAGCGAGAUAAAUGACAAGUGUGCCUGUGACGCUGCGGAGACUUGUAAUGUUGAACCCGAUGCUUCAUGUGCCAUUAAAGGUAAAUAUUGAUUCUUGAUUUCUU